AUGAAUGCAGAACUUGGCUCUUUGAAGAGCUUCCAAAAUUGCAAAGAAGAUGAAAUACCGGGCUAUAACGACUGCCCAAGUUUCCUGUUUUACAACAACAAGAAAGUUAGAGCAAAGACACUCGGUGCUAGACGACAUCAUUUAAUAGAUAAUGCUGCUGCUCCAGGGACCUGUAGGAAAGUCUGCUUACCAGCUGUGAUCCCUCCCCCACAGGCAAAGAGAAACAUAAGCGGGAAAGUGGAGUCCGUUAAUGCUAUAAUAACAGCCAAGGAGUACGGAUUUACAUCCGAGGAAGUCUACACAAAGGAUGAUAUACUGGAAAAGAUACGUGAAUUUUGUCAGAUGGACACCAGUUUAAGUGAGAAAGAAUUUUAUUUUUACAAGAAUAAAGUUGACAAAAAUGCAGAGUCUAGCUUGAAUGCUCAUUUCACAAGACAGAUAAUAACACACUUCUUCCAGUUGAGUGAGGAUAAGGAGAAAGGUGCAAAUUUCUUAAGGAAAUGGAUGAUCUCGGAUAUCACAAUAAGUAACUGGUGUCCUGCCUUUUUGAAGAUCUUCGAAAAUGUCCAAAACUAA